AUGCAAGCAAAUUUUCUAAUUCUUCUUGGAGUACAAGCUCAUGUCCCCAUCAUUUCAUUCUCUACAACAAGUCCUUCCCUCUCUUAUCUUCGGAGUCCAUAUUUUUUCCGAGCAGCUCUAAAUGACUCAUCUCAAGUACAACCUAUAACUGCUAUAAUUCAAGCUUUCGGAUGGAAAGAAGUUGUAUCCGUUUACACGGCAGAUGAGUAUGGAGAAGGUUUAAUUCCAUUUUUGACUGAUACAUUUCAAGAAAACAAAAUUCGUGUUCUGUACAAAAGUAUAAUUCAUCCUUUGGCCAGUGAUGAAGAAAUUGUUGCAGAGCUUUACAAGCUGAUGACUAUGCAAACCCGGGUUUUUAUAGUACACAUGACUCACUCUCUUAGCACUCGCUUAUUUACCAAAGCAAAUGAAUUCGGGAUGAUGAGUGAAGGGUAUGUCUGGAUCAUAACUGAUGGGAUAACGAAUUCCUUUAAUUUUUUCGACCCUUCAAUUAUCAUUGCCUCAAUGCAAGGAGUGAUUGGUGUACAACCACACGUUCCAAAAAGUAAAAAGCUUGAAGAUUUUAUCAGUAGGUGGAAAAACAAAGCACACCAAGAGAAAACUAGUAGUGAUCUAAAUGUUUUUGGGUUAUGGGCAUACGAUGCGGCCACAGCCCUGGCAAUGGCGGUUGAGAAAGUUGGUGCGUUAAAUUUGAGCAUUUCAAACAUUGCUAAAAAUUCAACCACCGACUUUGAAAGUGUUGGAGUGUCUCAAAAUGGUAUUGAUCUUUGCCUAGCUCUUUCAAGCGCUCCUAGAUUUAGAGGACUCAGUGGAGAUUUCAGCUUUGUCGAUGGGCAAAUACAAUCGUCUACUUUUGAGAUUGUGAAUAUGACCGAAAAUGGGCCGAGAGGGAUCGGAUUUUGGACACCGGAACAAGGAAUUGUAAAAGAAAUCAACUUUGAUGCAGUGAAUACGAGUUGCAAGAAUUACUCGACAUCUCGGACCAACCAUAAAGCUAUUAUGUGGCCAGGUGAUACUACAUGUAUGCCGAAGGGAUGGGAUGUGCCAACAAAUGGAAAGGUGCUGAGAGUGGGAGUUUUACAGAGGGAUUAUAAUAGUGAUUUUGUGAGGGUCAAGAGGGAUGCUAUCACUAACAAGUUGAGUUUCGAUGGGUACUGCAUAGAUGUUUUCAAAGCUGUAAUGGAGGCGCUGCCGUAUUCAGUUCCCUACGAAUUCAUUCCCUUUGAUGACGAGGGGGCUUAUGAUGCAUUGCUGGGCGAACUUUCCCUUGGGGUAGGUUAA